AUGGCCAUGGAUGGUGGGCCCUCGGGCCACAUCUCCUAUGAGCUGUUUGCAGACAAAUUUCCAAAGACAGCAGAAAACUUUUGUGCUCUGAGCACCGGGGAGAAAGGAUUUGGUUGUAAAGCUUCCUGUUUUCACAGAAUUAUUCCAGGAUUUAUGUGCCAGGGUGAUGACUUCACACGCCAUAAUGGCACUGGUGGCAAGUCCAUCUCUGGGGAGAAAUUUGAUGAGAGUUUCAUCCUGAGUCAUACCAGCCCUGGCACCUUGUCCAUGGCAAGUGCUGGAUCCAACACAAACGAUUACCAGGUUUUCAUCUGCACUGCCAAGACUGAGCAGUUGGAUGGCAAGCAUGCGGUCUUUGGCAAGGUGAGAGAGGACAUGAGUAUUUGGGGAGUCAUAGCGUACUUGCGGCCCAGGAAUGGCAAGACCAGCAAGAAUAUCACCGUUGCUGACUGUGGACAAAUCUAA